UCUUCUUGCGUGGAUUGUUCUUUGGUGGAAUAACAACGCCACCAAGGUUAUAGAUCUCGCUGCGAAGGAGGCCGAGAUUGACAGGAGACGACAGAGGGCUCUGUCAAACGCCGAGACGGUUGAGUGGUUAAACUUUUUGAUAAACAGAUGGUAAGUGUCUGUCGGCCAUAACUUAAAUGUGGGUGAAAAUGCGAAGAUUUUUUGUUUAAAUAUUUAAGUACUACAAAGCGACUGGCAUGACCUAUAAGACAAGUGACUGUAUUGCAAAAACCAAGACACUUUAACCUCGAAACUUAAUUGAGAACUCGAUUAGUUCUCCCCCAUUCUCCCCAAGCUUAGAUAGAAACAGCUGUUAGAUUCAUUCUUUGCAGAAUAGAAGCUCCCGUGAAAUCGCUUAUAUUUGUUUGGCUGGCCGGCUGAACGAACUAGUCCCUCGUAAUAGUCUUACAUAACCGCUUGAACAUACCAUCAGAACGUCUAGUUUUUUUUCGAUACUGAUUUGAAACUACGGGUUGUGUUUAAAAAAGAGAUAAGAUUAAUCGCUGAAGUUAUUUGGUAUUCAUUCCUUUCGGUUCUCCUCGAACUAUAACAAAAUUCAAAAAAUAAUAGAAAAUUAUUUCUACUGUAACACACAUUUUCAUUUAUCUGAGAAUCAGUAAGCAAGAGGAUUAAAAAACGCUGACUUGCAAGCUAUGACUGCAAAACCUUAGGACGCAUUCGUCUCAUCUGCUUAAAAAUAUUUUUUAAGACUUAAAUUUUGAGAAAGAAUACAUUUACGUGACCUUUUUUAUGUAGCGUUUUAUAAGCUCAAAGUUACUUCAAACAAAAACAAUAGACACAAAAACCUUUGUUUUCCUUUUAUCUCUCGAGUUCUAUAUUGGGCAUAGAAUUCAACCUCAGCGCACAAUUCUCAUCAACUUUAGGAAACAACCACGCCAAAACUUUUAAAGUUGCAUGAAGCAGUAAUGGAAUUAAGUCAAAUCUCAACCACAUCAUUAAAAUGUCUGUAAUGGAAUUUAUAUAGUUUUACUUAAGCAUAUCAUUAAAGGAAAGAACGCGAAAGAAAUCUUAAAACUGAUCAAAAUAAAAACUUUUUUCACUUUACGCUGAUUUUCAUCACUUUCGUGCCGAAGGUGGUAAUGAAACUUCAUGAGGCCUUCGAUGAUAAAAGCUCAGUUUAAAACUAAAUCUUAAAACUGAUCAAAAUAAAAACUUUUUUCACUUUACGCUGAUUUUCAUCACUUUCGUGCCGAAGGUGGUAAUGAAACUUCAUGAGGCCUUCGAUGAUAAAAGCUCAGUUUAAAAAAUACAAUAAAUUAUUUACUAGAUAAUAUGGCGCAUACAUGGGACGAAAUUAAUUUGAUCCGAUCUGCGAAACGAGACAAUUACUGCUUUGAAGAUUUACAAAUUCUUUUCCAAUACCGAGGUGCUUUCCUUUAUCCUGAGAAGAGCCAAAAAUAUAUUUAGUUGGAAAAUCAACGACAAGAAUCUAAUUUAAUACUUUCUCUCCAUCUUUCUCGUACUUAUCACUACUAGAACAGACUAGGUGCCACUCAAUAGACACAGUUCUUCUGAGAUGUAAUACUUCUGUUGGCCAGAACCUCUUUAGAACCUCUAAUUUGAUAGGUUCUUGUUGGCCCGAAGCUCUGUUGUUUCAGAGUUGGGGUUCAUUGUUAGUUUUGUUUGGGAUAGAGAUAUCUAUUGUUUUCUAAACCAAUCCUGUAAGACUUUGGACAACAACUACCAGUUACGUUUCUUGUAAACUUUGUAAUUUCGAUCCACUGAGCAUCAACUUUAGUUUUAACCGUUUUAUACUGCAACAAAAUAUUAAUACACUUACGCAAACAAAGAAGAAACUGCGAUGGGUCGGUAGAAGAGAGUUAACGAGUAAAGUCUGACCUCAAGCGACCAGAACCCACAAAUGCUAAGAUUCAGUGCUCGCUUACGAGGGAAUUUUACGAGGGUCGAAACACAAGGGAUCUCUUUCGGGUAAAGGUCUGACAUAUCUACUGAUGAAAAAAAAAAAAAUAAUUGCAUACAAGUUUCCAGUCAAAAUACGUGCCGUGCCAUGUUGAAACUCUGAGUAGCGUAGUAUGUACAGCGCACAUAAGUGGCAAGUGCUCGCUGGCAGGGUGUCACCUCCAUACCCCUUGCACUUCUAUAGUGAGUAUGAUCAGAAUCUAUUUUCUCCUUUAAAUAAUACAGCUUAAUCACACAAAAAGGUCAUAAGAAUCAAGGAUAAGAUCACCAAUUAAAAACGGUUUGGAUUGUCAAAUGAAUUAUCCUUAUCAGUGCCACGUGACGUCACGGCGGCCAUGGCGGUGGUUAACAACAAAGGCAUUUCUCCUCUCUGGGAACUAAACUCCAUUUUAAUGAAUAUUCUCCGAAAAAAGCUUAUUGUUUUGACCAGCAACAUGGCCUCUUUCUCACGUAGUCGCAUACCAAGAAUAUGGGUGCUUAUAAUAGGCCAUGGCAAUAAAUGAAAGGGGGUUGAGAAUGUGCUAGUUCAUCAUCUACGGUGUAUUAAAAAAGCUUAAACAAAAGAAGCCUCCAUUAGAAUUCCAACUAACAUGACUGUUAUCUUGUAGGUUUGUUUUUAGCGACAGAUCACUGCACAGCUUAAUCAAGAACAGUUUAGAUCCCAUACUGGAGUCGCAAAAGCCGUCCUAUGUAGGUAAGAGCUUAGAUUAAUGGAACAUGAAGAAGAGUAUGUGAUAUUCAUUCGAACUGCGGAUUACAAGUUUAAAGAGAGAAAACUGUACUGAAGACUAACUCAAGUAGAUUGUAGCGUUGAAAGCGAAAGAUUUUAAAUUUAAGGGGUUUGUUGUAGCGAUCUUUGUUUACCAACUGAUGUCGAAAUCGAGUGAUCAAUUGAAUAAUUGAUCGAUCGUUUAGCUCAAGACCGAACGGUUGACAGAUUGAUUGCGGAUUGAUUAAUUGUUUGAUGGGGUAAGAGAUAAACUUAUUUACGAUGGUUUAUUGAUAAACUAAAUGACUGUUGAUGUUCUCUUUAAGCCGAAAGCUUUGUUGGUAGCCUGUUCGACCGAAAAACAAAUGGUUAACUGGUCGGUUAUUUAGUUAAUUGCUUGACCACCCAACUUAUCGAUUGACUUAUGACAAGUCACCGAGGCGAUUGAUUGAUUGAUUUUGAUUGAUUGAUUGACAAAUUGAUUGAUCGCUGUUGGCCUAUGCUUUCACGUUUUGAUCGCUUGCAUCAUGCAGGUCAUGGAUUUCAUAUCAGUGGAACUUGGGUUCCGAAAUCCAGUAUUUAUCAGAAUUCCGGAUUUCUUGAGCAGAAUUGUGGAUUCCAAAGUCGAGAAUUCCGGAUUACCUUACAUGUGGCGGAUCAUUAUACAUCUACCCCUCCCCUAUGCCAACAUCGAUGCUUCCUUCUCACUUAGGGCAAAAUGUUGGCUUAGGAGAGGGGUAGGUGGGCAGUUUCCCAGAAACGUAUAAUGAUCUCAUGGGGCGAUUUAGUCAUAUUGAUUGCUUGAUUGAUUUGUUGAAAAAGUUUAUCUUUAUGUUUUUGUUUUCUUCUGUUCAGGGUCUAUCGAGGUUCUGGACUUUACUCUUGGUAACAGAACACCAUACCUCAAGCACGUGACAAUCUACGACCAUCCCGAUGAUCAGAGAUAUAUUAGAGCGUCCGAGCUCAACUUUAACCACCCUCCUGACGAUUUAAUAACAAGAGGGAAAUACCAAGUGGUUAUUCACCUCGACGUGGGUCUGACAUCACCCGAAGCUAGAUUUAUCAUUCGAAUGAGACUCGGGAACAAGGGGUAUGGACUAUCUUCUGUUUUAAGCUAAGUGCAAACGAACGAAACAACUCCCAACAUUGUGGACCGUAGCUUAAAGACUGACCGGUUAAAAACUUUGCGCAUCAACUCCCAACAACACGCAACAACAUGCAAGGGUGUGCAACAAUGUUGGGAGUUGUUGGCCAACAAUGUUACGUCCGUUUGCAUGGGGCUUUAGUAUUUUUUCAAAAACAAAAAAAACAAAAGGCGAAAGAUGUUUUUUCAGUUAGUGGCACAGGUCGCUCGGAAGGAAAAAUCUGAGUUCUCCCAAUCAAGAGUCAAACCUAUGACCUUCUGGUUACUAUUCAACCAGAUCCUCUACCACUGAGCUACAGACCAAAUGAUGAAUGAUGAAUUUUACCUCUAGCGAAUACACGAGAAAGAUGUUUCUCAUCUUUCUCAUGUAUUCUCCUUGACAUAGGUUUUUGAACUAGGAAAACAAUGACAAACCUUACUGAAUGCGGCGUGCUUCUUCUUCAUUUCUUUGCAGGUUUCUUGGUACGUGUACCGACGUGGCAGUAGAGGAUUUUCAAAUCAGUGGAAAACUCCAACUCGUGCUGUUAUUCAAUCAAAAUGUUCCUUUUCCUCAUCUGGCCUCUGCGUCGAUCUGUUUCACAGAAGAGUAAGAGAAACGUCCAUUAAAGCAAUUUAUACUCGUGGCCGAGCGGUUAAGGUGCUGGACCUGUAAUCCAGAGGCCCCAAAUCCAAGUCCUGCACUGAACGCUAGCUGGACUUGUUCCUUGUAGUCUCGAGUUUAAAUCCUCGGCCACGCUUGCAAAAUAGCCAAUUGGUUCGUCUCAUACCAGUUGGGAUGCAUGUUAUGUUCCAUUUGAGUUAUUUGUUUCGUUAUCUCUGAAACGCCCCAUAAGGGAGAGGAUAAUUUAGAGCAUUUUAUUAUUUUUACUGUUAUUUGUUGUUGUGGGUAGAAUCAGUUCCUCAGAAGGCUCUUAUUUGUCUAUCUAAAUUAAGGCCAAAAUAAUUUAACUUUCAGAGUCUCAUGGAUCAACACGCUGAAAUGAGUUACAGAAUGGGCUAAACAAGUUCUUUAAUGGAGAUGUUUUGGCCUAAAUCGUCCUAAAUUGGCUCCUAAAGAGGUUGAAUUAGAUACUGAGUUCGCAGUCUCUCGUUCAGCAUCAGAUGGCAAACUUGGUUAUCUCCCCCGCGAUAUUUCGGAAGUCGAACUAAAUGUUAACGCAAGAGGACUGAACACACUGGUAGUAUGACCUUUUCAGUUGCAGUUUUCUUUUUUAUUUUAUGCCAGACCGGACGUAUCAUUCAACAUUCGUCUCCUGAAAGCAGUGCAGUUGAUGGAGUUCCCUCUUCUAAGACAGUGGAUCACGCAGAUAGUCAAUGAAUAUCUUAAAUUUGGUAACUGGAAUUUUGUAAUUGCUAUUUCUCACGUUCUGUUUACUAGUAAUGUUGUGUUACGACUGCUUAGAAUACAUUACAGAGAUUUUGAGUGACGGUUGGGACAAACAACAAACGUCAGAGUUCAAGUUGAUAUCUCUGACAAAAACUGUCCAGGACAACUUUUAUGGACAAAGCUAACGCGAAACUACUAUUUUUUGGGGGAGAAGUAAUGAACAGUAAACGACAAGAAAAGGGGAAACUUAGUCAGGUGAUACAAAUUCACGUCUGCUGUUUGCCGUAAACCUGACUCUAAAUCUCUCUAAUGACUUUGAAAAAUUUCGACAAAGUUUGGAUUUUAGUGGGAUACUGGCUGAUGCACGCCUGGCAAUUACCUUAAUGCUUUAAACUGAAAUUGUACCACAGAAGGAUUGAACAUGUACCUCAACUGGUAACAUGAAAGUGAAACCUCUGUACCAUUCCACUUCCUAACUACAAAGUAUGUCCGUUUCAGUGGUGGCGGGAUUGUUCAGAUGUAUAAGUUUUUGACUUACUUGUAAUAAAGUUUGCUUCCAAUUAUAUGACAGAAAAAAAUGCCUUGUUCCUUAAAUAACCGCCCAACGUAAGAGAAUCCAAAUGCAAGACAGUGCUGGAUUAUGGAUUCUAGGUACUGGAUUCCAGUAUCUGUCAGUGAAAUUUGGAUUCCGGAUUCAAAUCGUUAGUGGGAUUCGGGAUUCCUUGAACUGUAUUUCGGAUUCCAAAGCCCAGGAUUCUGGACUCCACGAGCUAAAAUUUCCCGCGAAUAGGCCCUUUGCAGCUAGCCAUUCACGAGGUACAAAACCGCCGUACUGGAGAGCAAAAGUCGGACCGGGACAAGACAAACAAAGAAAAUUACCAUUUAAAAUUAUGUAUGUCUUUUGUUUGUCUUGUCCCAGUGCGACUUUUGCUCUCCAGCAUGGCGGUUUUGUACCACGUGACUGCCUAGCUGCAAAGGGCCUGUUAGGGUUCACUAAAAGGUUUUUAAAACGCCUUGUUCUCACCUACAGCUCUUGUGGAUCCUGGUCACGUAACAAUUCCUUUUUGUGAUGAUCCUGACGUUGUAGGAAGAGGUGCAGCGUAUGGUAAGUAACUUUGAACAGAAAAAAAAAAAACUUUGAAGAGAUACCUUACUUAAAAUAUAUACUACUUAUCAACCUCGUCUGUUCGGUCAUUACAAGGUCAAUACAUCAAGGCCGAGGACCUGAGCUUGCGACCAAUUAAAACCAACAACUGAUCAGCGGAUAACUUAAAAAAACACGUCACCUCAAUGAGUUGUACACUUGAGCCCGCGAUACAUUCAGGUGACACAAUAUGCGUUAUUGACGAAGUGUGACGUGAGGUCAAGAUGUCUGCAUAUUGGCCAAGGUCUUUUCUUGCGUUUUAUGAACCUACAUGAAGAACGAGACCAAUAACCGGCCAUCUAGACCAAACAAGCUUGGUAAAUUAAGGAUUUGUUAUGUUUGAAGAGUUAGAAAAGCCUUCAUCAUUCAACCUUUAUUUUUCAGCAUGUGGAGUUCUUACGCUGACGAUUAACGGAGGAUCUCAUGGAAAACUGACAGGUUAGAAAGCGUUUUUGUUGGUAACAGAGCCUUUUCACAUGACGUCACGGCGGCCAUAUUGUUGCCCCAAACAUUGAAACGGCGGCCAUGUUGGUGUCCCAAACCAAUCCUGUGGGAGUUAAACUAUUUUCUUAUGCAAACGCUUUCUAUUGCGUAGAUGCUGGCCACGUGAGUGAAAACACCCUAUAGACAGUAUCCGCCACACUUUUUUGAUUAUCGUGAUUGGCACCCUGCAAGCAGAGCCUCCACUUAUUGACUGAGUAUGAGAAAGGAGUUCUACCUAAAUCGCAUAAAGCCUUUGAAGUCGCCGCAACCCCACCUUCUGGACUGGUCAAUCUUGUUUUCUCUCGUCAAUUUAGCCUGCGAGCAAGCUCUCCGGGGCGCUCUGGCGGCGGGGCGGGAAAAGGAAGGAGAGCUUGUAACUACGUCCCUGGAAUUUGAAUUCCGCCUCUAAUUCCCCUGUGGCUCCCCGUCUACUAAACUGUCAGAUUGCCGCCAAUCAGCGCGGAGCGGAAACGAGCGCGAAUGUAAACAAACAUUGAAAAACACGUGCCGAGGAUAAUGACGUCAUUACUAAUGUCAUCUCCACCAAUCAGCAUUUGGCAUCGACUUUCUUGAUGUAGAUAUUCAAAUUCCAGAGACGUAGUUCCAAACUCUCCUUCCUUUUCCCGCCUCACCGCCAGACCGCCCCGGAGAGCUUGUUCGCAGGCUCGUCAAUCUGUUUUUUCGAUUGCGAGCAUCCGUUCAUUCAUUAAAUGGAUGGUUACAACUGAGCCCGCUAUACCAAACCCAUGGCUAUUAAGCCUGGGUUUGAAAUUAUAUCCUAGCAACAGGCGGCGCAUGCUCAAAUAAGAUCUUACGCCAUCCACGCAGAGUAAUUCUCGAGUAAGCAAAAAUCGAGAAAGCAAAAGAAAGACUCUACUGGCUGGGUGCGUGAUUGGGUACGGUAUCAAUCCACUUUACUUACUUGAAUGAUUUUGCCCACCAAAUCGUUUGCGUUCUAGAUGACCCUUACUGGUGCUCUGUGAAGAUUGCCGGUCAAAAGCGAUUUACUAGGGAGGUGAUAGGAGAUACCGCCUGGACUGAAAAUAUAUCCUUACUGGUGUAUCACCUGUAUGCAGACAAGGUAAUACAGAAAUUAAUGUCGGUUACAUUUCAACAAACAGUGACUGAGCAAUGGAUCUUUAAUGCAAACAGGGCAAACUUGAAAAAGCUUUCGGGACCUCAAAUGGGUUCAAGGCUCCCGAAAAACGGUCCCCCACCUAGGGUAUAGUUUUUUGGGAACUUGAGCAACGCCUACGAAGACGUCAGUGAAAACGUCACAUUGAAAAUAGAAACGCUAUUUUUUUUCCAAACUUUGUGAACCGUAUUCCAACACGCUUAUGACAUGUCAAAAAAAGGUGAAAUUUGUAUUAACUGAAUUUCCGGGGACCGCACCAAAGUUUAAAACGUCGCAAAUCUAUUGCCUUUUUGACGUUCUCCUUCACCUUACUGUUGACACCGUCACUGAUUUAAUAAUCCUAAUAAGCCCUUGAUUGAUUGACGAGGACUCCCACUGUUGUUUGCUUUGCCUAGCUGACAGUGACACAACCCGUGUUGAUCAUGUUUUUUUUUCAGCUGAUAAUCAAACUAAAAGGAAGACGAAAACUUGGUACGAAGUACACUAUCGCUGAACAUGUCUUGCAGUUAUCCACACUAUGCCUGGAGAGCAAUCCUCAUCAGUAA